UUUCAGGCGCCGACGAUGCAUCCAGAGAGGGAGGGUGGUGAGCGAUGAUGGGGCAAUGAUGGCGGCGAUGACGGUGCUACCAGUUGGCCGGCCAUCGGGCAACCUUCUUCGGCGCGCAGAGCCCCCAAGUGCCCCCGGUAUUCGCCCACCACCUUGCAGAAAAUUUCCACUGGCACCUCGCCUCGCCGCGAAUGCCGACCCAAUCCUGUCCGCUAGACGUAUCGACUCCACCAUGGUUUGCCCACCGACGCUGUGGGGAUCCCUUCCUCUGCGCCCUCAACUCUGUCUGUCCGCUGCCAGCGAGAGGAGGAGGAGGAGGGAAGACGACGACGCCGCUGCUGCUGAACAAUAUAAUCCAACACGGCCUCACCGGACGCAGGCAAACCCCAACCUCGGCGCAUCCAGCGCAUGCCAUGGCUCCAGUUGAUUCGUCGCGCUGCUGUCGGGCGGCGGCGCGGCACAUAUCCCCGCCACCAGUCCGCCAGGCAGCAGACAUGACUCACUCACUCUGUCUUCUUUCUCCCUCUCUCUCUUUACGCCGCCGCUUCAACUCCCUCUUCUCCAACGCCAGCUGCAUUCUGCAUCUCCGUUUCAGUAUUUAGCAUCUCGUGGCAACCAAGUCUCCAGCCCUGCGCAUUCCUCACCGAACGCUUCCAUCGCGACAUGCUCCCAUUUCUGGGCCAUGAGAUUGCCGUCUCGGGCCCCGCAGUACACACCUGUCGCUGUGUUUCUCUUGAUCUUUUACACAUUCUUCUAAGCCGAACACAUUUCGGCCAGGUAUUCCUGGCCAUCACCCAACGGCGUUCAUUGUACUUGCCAUUCCCUAUCGCAGGGAUCCAUGUACACCUAAAGUUGAGUGUAGGUUCAGCCAGCUUCUACCCAAGAACAGCACUUGUAUUCAUACGCCGAUCAACAAUAUACUCCGAUGAACUUUUCAACUUUUUGAAAUUACUGCGUUUGUCCCUUUCGGUAACAAGUACCGUUUCGAACAGGACCGCAUACCUCCCAACAUGCGACCGUGAUCCAUCCAGUACAUUCUCGCUGUUGCUGAACCUGCUGAUGCUGAACCUGCUGAUGCUGAACCUGCUGAUGCUGAACCUGCUGAUGCUGAACCUGCUGAUGCUGAACCUGCUGUUGCUGAACCUGAGGUCGCUGCUGCAGGCGGGAAGGCGGAUGAGGAUACCCCAAAUGAACCCCAGGCUGCGACCCCGGAAACGUUGGUAUGGGACGCAUAGAACACAUGCCAGGGAUACCAGCGUAUCCAGCAGUGGCCCCGAAAUCCGGCAGCGGCAACGGCGUAGGAGUAUAAGCCCCGCGGAACGACGCAGGUGCCAUAGAGGACCUGGGUCUCGAGCGCCUAGUAUUCAUCUCGGUCGAGGGUGCUGGUCUAGGGAGAAUAUACCGGAAACGGCAGACGGUUGGAUCGGGGCUGUUGACGCUGCAUACGUAGGUAUUUCUGGUUAUGAUGGGAGAUCUCUGGCGUCGUCGAGGUGGUGCUGGUGGUAGUGUUUGGGAAGAAUUCAGCGUUGUAGUUGACGGGGACGAUUGCGUUGCUGGGGAAGAAUCGGCACCGAUGGUAUUGCUGCUGCCGCUGCUCUCGGCGACGACGACAACGGGGCGCGCUUCAUCUCUUUUGCGGAUCCUGCCGUUGGUUCGUCGGGAUCUGCGUAAGGGUUCCCUCGUACGCUCUGCGUCUUUCAUGUCGAGCGAUGUCGAUGUCGAGAUUCGAUAGGUAUGCGAUCUUAAGAGCCC